GACACCGUAGCAUCCUUCCUCCUGGCCGGCACAGCCUGGGCCGGUGCUGCAGCAGGUCGGUGUUGCAGGAAUUUUGGAAAAAAACCUCUGGCUCCAGCCGCCCUGUGGAAGAGCCCGCAGAAGCCGGCAUAUGGUGGCACCAGAAACAGCCUGGCAGCCGGCGGGGAGCGCCUGGCUGGAGCAGCCGCUCAGGCUGCCAGGGCCCCGCAGCGGGGACGGAGGAGGCGGCGUGGGUCGGUGACACGCCGGCAGCCCACGCACACACCCGUGCACACCCGUGUUGGCCGGACCUGGCAGCCCCUCAGGCCCCCCAGGGCAGCACCGGGAGCUUCAAGGCAUCGGCGUCGUCGGUGCUUCUGGAGCCUGCGACGUCGCUGCUCCAUCCUGCCAGCUGCAGCCAGCGGGUCCCAGGGGACCCGGGGAGCCCGCAGAACCGCCCCUCGCUCCUCCUCUCCUCCCUGCUCCUCAUAUACCCCCCUCUCCGUCCCCUCCGAGCAUCCCUCCCUUCCUCUCCCUCGCUCCCGCUCGCCUCUCCCUCCUUUUCUCCGUGCCUCUCCUCUGAACUUGCCCCUUCCUCCUUCCCUCCUCUCCCCCACCCCCCGAGGAACCGAACCACCACUGAAGACCCCCAGGUUGUGGGCCAGCACCCCCCCGCCACAGCUGGGACCCCCCCGCCGGACCAUGCCUCUCCAGAUAUUCUGCACCAUCUCCUUCUCCCGCGAGGAAGGACCGAGCGACGCCGCAGCCCCCGGCAAAGGAGAGGACGGAGCAGACGAGUUCCUGUACGGGCAGGAGGAGGAGGAAGAGGAGGAAGAGGACGCCGGGGCAGCCACGGACUUGGUGGCCUUCGCCAGCAGCUGCACGCUGCACGGGCUGAGCCACAUCUUUGUGGAGGGCAGCCUGGGCGCCCGGCAGGCGCUCUGGGCGCUGGCCUUCCUCCUCUCCCUCUCCGUCUUCCUCUACCAGGUGGCCGACCGCAUCGUCUACUACCUGGAGUACCACCACGUCACGCUGCUCAGCGAGGAGGACAGCCCUGAGAUGACCUUCCCCGCCGUCACCUUCUGCAACAUCAACCGCGUGCGGGUCUCGCAGCUCAGCCACCAGGACCUGCUCUACCUGGCCCCCCUGGUUGACUACGAGCCCGGGAUGGAGCUGGGCUUCUCCCCGGCUCAGCCCGACCCCUGGGAUGAGGAUGAGCCCCUCAAUUUGUACGGGUUUUUUAACCGCACUUGCCACCAGCUGGAGGACAUGCUGCUGAGCUGCAGCUACCGGGGCCAGCAGUGCGGUCCCGGUGACUUCGCGGUGGUCUUCACCCGCUACGGGAAGUGCUACACCUUCAACGCGGGGCAGGACGGGAAGCCCCGGCUCAUCACCAUGAAGGGGGGCACCGGCAACGGCCUGGAGAUCAUGCUGGACAUCCAGCAGGACGAGUACCUCCCCGUGUGGGGGGAAACAGACGAAACCUCGUUCGAAGCUGGGAUCAAGGUGCAGAUCCACAGCCAGGAUGAGCCCCCGCUGAUCGACCAGCUGGGCUUCGGGGUGGCUCCCGGCUUCCAGACCUUCGUGUCCUGCCAGGAGCAGCGGCUCAUCUACCUGCCGCCUCCCUGGGGUGACUGCAAGGCCGUGGCGGGCGACUCGGAGUUCUACGACACUUACAGCAUCACCGCCUGCCGCAUCGACUGCGAGACCCGCUACCUGGUGGAGAACUGCAACUGCCGCAUGGUGCACAUGCCAGGUGAUGCCCCUUACUGCACCCCGGAGCAGUACAAGGAGUGCGCAGAUCCAGCCUUAGAUUUCCUGGUGGAGAAGGACAACGAGUACUGCGUCUGCGAGAUGCCCUGCAACGUGACCCGCUACGGCAAAGAGCUCUCCAUGGUGAAGAUCCCCAGCAAAGCCUCCGCCAAGUACCUGGCCAAGAAGUACAACAAGUCGGAGCAGUACAUCGGGGAGAACAUCCUGGUGCUGGAUAUCUUCUUCGAAGCCCUGAACUACGAGACGAUCGAGCAGAAGAAGGCGUACGAGGUAGCCGGUUUGCUGGGUGACAUCGGGGGGCAGAUGGGGCUGUUCAUCGGGGCCAGUAUCCUCACGGUGCUGGAGCUGUUUGACUACGCCUAUGAGGUGAUUAAGCACCGGCUGUGCCGGCGGGGCAAGUGCCACAAGAACCACAAGCGGAACAACACGGACAAGGGCGUCGCGCUGAGCAUGGACGACGUGAAACGCCACAAUCCCUGCGAAAGCAUACGGGGCCACCCGGCCGGCAUGACGUACGCAGCCAACAUCCUACCUCACCACCCGGCCCGGGGCACCUUCGAGGACUUCACCUGCUAACCGACGUCUGGAUGUACAACCUGAGCUACCAAAGCCCCCCGGAGAGCUGCCCUUGUCCCCGCGAGCGCCAGCGGAGAGACACAGCCAGGGGACCUCGCUCCUCACCGCGGUGGGACACGGCCCAGAGCCCAUGGCCUCGCAUUUCGGGGCAGGCGGUCGGGUCAGGAUGGGACCCAACCCGGCGCGCAGCCCUCGCGGCAGCUGCUCAGCGCCUGCCCCGCUCGUUCAGAGACUCGAGGAGGCUCCAUCCAGCCCGGCCACCGCGGCGGCGGCGCGGGGAUGACACACGCACAGCGGGCUGGGGCAGGGGGCUGCCCCAUCCCCCCCCCACCCCCCCCCUCGGCCUUUUUAACGACAAACCCAGAAGCCAAGAAGAAGCGGCCGUCGGGCCGCAGGGUCUCCAUCCACAGCCCUGUCCGUCUGUCCGUCCGUCGCCUCCAUGCCCAUCCCGCUCCAACGCCUUGGCUGCCGCUGGCUGGGACCCCCGUGCCUGGCCGGGGCGGUGGCUGAGGACCCUGCAGUGAAGCUGGCGGUGGGCUCAGCACCCCUGGGAGAGCCUCGCUUGUCCCCCGGCACCGCGGUGGUCCGCAGCCCAUCCCUGCCUGGGUGAUGAAGACGGGAUGCCUCCACCGCUCCGGAACGUCUUCCUCGGCACCCUGUCCCCGGGACGGGGGUGCCACCGGGGGGUGCUCGGCCGGGGGGGCCACCUCGGCACCCAGGACCCUCCCUCGGCCACGGUGGGUCAGGCGGCAGCGUGGCCUCCCUGCCCACCUCCCCUGGGCUCCCUGCAGCCUGGCCAGUGCCAGCCCUGUCCCUCCUUGUCCCCAGGGAGCCUGGCGCUACCCCCUGCGCCCCCUCCCCCAAAAAACAGCCAUCCUCAGGGGGGACAGGCAGAAGGAGCCCCCCUGGCCCUCAUCCCAGCUCCAGCCAGCUUGGCCAGGUGGGCACAGGACCCCCAACACCAAAAGGGUCCCCAAGCCGAGGGACACCCCGUGGCACAGGGUCCUCUGGUCCCCGCGACCGUAGGCUCCCCCCUGCUGACCCCCCCACCCCACCCCACACACAGCAGCUGCCCCCCGGGCACUGCGAGCCCUGCGCAUCUUUGGGGCAUCUGCUGGCUUGCUGCCCUGGGACCACUGCUCUCCCCCAUCGCUGCCUCUCCCCGGCACGCCGCGUCCUGCCCUGCCCGCCGGGGUCCGGCACCAGCCGAGCCUCUGCCCCCCGACCCAUCACCUCGCGCCGGUGGGCCGUGGCCCCAGCCCCCAGCCCCCCCCCCUCCCCUCCCCCCAUCAAGCCAGAGCCCUCCCGGGGCUGAAGUGCUACUUAUCUUUAAGAGCUUUUGCAAUAAGUCGGUUUCGUAAUUAUUAUUUCUAAACCGCAGUUUGGUUUUUUAGUAUUGUCAUUAUUAUUAUUAUUAUUAUUAUUAAUUAUUAUUAUUUGCUUCCUGACCAAAAUUAGGAACUGGGGGUCAGUCCUUUGUAUCCAGCGAUCGCCCAAAGAUGACGGGUCGGCCACAUCCAUAAAUUUUCUUAUGGAUUUUUCCUAACGUUUCAUUGCGUUUCAUUUAUUUAUUUCCUUUCUUUCUCUUUCCCAUUGAAGCUUUUAAAGAUGGGGCUGGGAUUUGACCUUGACGCUCACCUGGUGAAGCAUACACACAUGCUUUUUUGGUUUUUUUCUAUUAUGCCAUCUGCAUUUUAUAUUUCUUAUAUAUAAUAUAUAUGACUAUAUAUAUAUGUGUACAUAUAUAUAUAUCUAUCUCUAUAUGCAUCAUAUCAGUGUAGAUACCCAUCCAGUAGCAUUUAGGCCUUGUUCUUGUGCCAUUUUUAUUUUUUUUUUCCCCCUGUUACUGAUCUCUGAAUGCCUUCAAGUGUAUAAAGUGUUGAAUUCUCUCUGGUAUCUGUACUAUGUACACACAUUUUCAUAGGAAGCACAAUAAGAUGACAGAUGCAUUGUACAUCAAUACCUGCUACUCUU